CGCAACGACUGACUCUGCUACGUUGGUACAGUGGCUCGCAAAAAUCAUCGUCCACCGCACCGAUGUGAUCGAAUACAGUCUGUAGCAAAAUAUAUUUCAAUGGCUUCACGGUUUAACCGUGAUGAGGAGUGAGUACCGAGCAACCAACGAGAAUGUAUAACGAGACAUUGCGUGCAUUUCCGAUAACUUGAUCGAUCAUUUGUUAAGAAAAUAAAGCGAGUUAGGCGAAAACCAUAUUUCCUGUUUAUGCCUCUCGAAAAUUGAUAGAAAGUUAUUACAAGUAUACGGGUUUAUUUUUGCCGAUGUUAAAGUAAAAUGGGGAACUCUGGCUUGAAGCAGCAUUACGAAACUGCAAAGAAAACCGGAACGUUAAAAUUGUCAGAGAGGAAACUCGACGAAUUUCCACAAAAUCUACUAGCUUUGUCGCCACUGUUACGAACAUUGGAUCUAUCGGAGAACAAAUUUGGUCAUAUUCCCGAUGAAAUUGGGAAUUUCACAUUAUUAAAGCAGUUGAAUCUUAAUCAUAACAAAUUGACCACUUUGCCCGAAGCACUUGGAGCAUUGACCAAGUUAGAAUGUUUAAACGCAAGUUCGAACCAAAUAAAAAGUAUCCCUUGGUCUUUAUCUAAACUAGUACGUUUGAAACAGGUCAACUUAUCUGACAAUCGUAUAACCGAAUUUCCCCCCAUGUUUUGCGAGUUAAAAUUUCUGGACGUAUUGGAUUUAUCGAAGAAUCGAAUUACCGUAAUUCCCGACGCGGCUGCGGCAUUACAUGUGGUUGAACUUAACCUCAAUCAAAAUCAAAUAUCGACUAUAUCUGACAAAUUGGCGGAAUGUUCGCGCCUAAAAACUUUAAGACUCGAAGAAAAUUGUCUACAACUGAGCGCGAUACCUACCAAAAUUUUGAAAGAUUCCAAGAUUUCCGUUCUCUCUGUCGAAGGAAAUUUAUUCGAAAUGAAACAGUUCGCUAAUCUCGAUGGUUAUGAUAACUACAUGGAAAGGUAUACUGCGGUAAAAAAGAAACUGUUUUGAGAGUUAUUCUAUAGGAUAUUUAUUACGAAAUUUGUUAUAGAUAAUAAUAAUAAUUACAUAAUUAUGUUAUGACGUUGAAAACAAGCCGCAUCGUGUUCGUGUAAUUCUACUAUACUCGAUAUCUGCGAUAAAGUAAUCAUAAAAAUAAAAUUCUUAAAUUAUUCGCGAAAUAAGAACGUUUUUAAUAAAUUGAUGAAUGCUUCUACGGAAAAGCAUUUUUAUACUUAACAAAAAAGAGAGAGAGAGAAAUGCAUUCAUUAGUAAUUCAAUAACUCAUUAGAUGAUGAGCUCGAUAUACGAUAUAAAAAUUAUAUACACAAAAUAAUGUACAUACAUAUAAACCCACUGAUCUGGUAUAACAUUCGGGAUUUCAGUUUUUAUUACAUGGAUUAUAAAACGAUGUCAUGAUAUAUAUUUCGUGUUGCGGUAUAGUUCUUACAGAAAUGAUCAUAUAUA